ACAGCUCAGAAACACUAACAAAACAAUGGACAAAAUGGGAAUCGCAAAACGUUAAAAAUCUAGUCUUUGCCGCUUAAUUGCUUCUAUAAAUACACCUCAAAAACUCACUCAUGUCAUUCAUCAUUGCUACUUUCGUUCCAAUUUUUUGUCAUUUUCAUUUGGGUUUUCUCAGUUAGAUUUUAUUUUUCUUUAAAUUAAUCGAUGGCACAGCAGCAGGCUCAGGUGAAGUUCACGGCGGUGAAGCCACAGUUGAUGGUGAAGACGCCAAAGGCAGUUGAUGCAGUUAAUUUCUACAAGUCCGCUUUUGGCGCCGUCGAAGCAGGCCGAUCUCCUUGCUGCCCCCCGCCAACAGCCGAACAGAACCUCCCUAACAUCCUCUGCGCUCAGCUUGAGCUCGCCGGAUGUUCCUUCGUCGUAUAUAACGACGACUCCGCUCCAGAGAAAAUCGAAGGGAUCGGAAAUCAACUCUGCCUGGAAACUGAUGAAGUGGAAGCCGCCAUUUCCAAGGCCGUUAGCGCCGGAGCGGUUGUAGAGGGUGAGGUAACCGAAGGAGGCGGCGCCUGCUGCGGCGGUCGCGUAGGUAAGAUUAAGGAUCCAUACGGAUAUGUUUGGCUCAUCUGCUCUCCCUCCAACAAAUGCGCCCCCGUGGAAGCUUAAAACUGCCAUCGGCUCUUUUGAUGUAAUACUGCUGUUUGUGUGUGUUGUAUAUGCUUUUGUUAAUAAUAACGAACCAGGCGAUGACGGAUGAUCAACUUUCAGUUGCUGUGAGUUAACCCUAAAUAAGCUUCAGUCAUAAGUAUGGAAAUGGUUUUUGUCGUUUUCUUUUCUCAGAAGUGGUUAAUCGUUGGUGCCUGAUGUUAAAUGAUAAGUCUAUGUAAUUUCUUUUUUUUUUUAAAGAA